CUAUGGGAAUCCUUACUGAUUGGAGAUGUGCGGGAAUUUUGUACCUGGUGAGGUUGUUCUUGCUGUUGUAUUUUAGGCCUCCAUUUGGUUAGUGAGGCUGGGCUCUUUUGGCAACUAUGCUAGACUUCACAGUUUUGUUAUGUAACAUCCGAUUCAUAGGCCAUGGCCAUGCAAUUCUAGAAAUGAUAUUCUUGUUAUGUAACAUCCAUUCAUAUGCCAUGGCCAUGCAAUUCUAGAAAUGAUAUUUACAUUUUUAAUGUUACUUGACAUGCUCUCAAUUUGUGUCAUAGUGUGUUAUGAGAAUUGUUGAUGGUAUCUAAAGAAAAAAGGAUAUGAAAAUUCUAGAUAAAAUCUAACAUUUUAUGAUAAUGUGCACACUGAAACAGUUUUUAUUGGCUGCUAAUUUCAUAUUUUGAAGCUGGAAGAAUUAUGUAGCUUUGUUUGAAUUAAAUUGGCUCUCUUUCACUUCUCCAUUUUGUGUUAUGAAUAUAAUUUCUGAGAGUUUUAUUAGGAGCCUUGGGGAAACUCUGAUCCAUUCUUCCCAUAGCUACAUAAUUUUCGUGUGUGUGUUUUCCUUACAAUGUCAUGCUGACAGUUCUUGUGUCUCAAAUGAUUUAUUUUUCCAUGAUGAACAGAUGUUUAGGUUAUAAAAUAAAGAUUGUUUCACAUGUUUGUCAACUUUAGAUUUUCAUAUUUUGUAAUGGUGUUUGCUUGGUCUAUUUGCAGUAGUGUAUACCAAGAUUGUUGCUUAUGUUCUUAAUUGGAUUAUAGAUCAUGGAUAUUUUAGUGUUUACUUGAAAAUUACUUUUUGCUUCUCAUUGCUGAAACUUGCAUUCAUUAAACAUUGAGGAUUUUGCAUUGGCUAUUCUGCAUUUGUUUGAUCUUAUUUGUGUCAAAAUGGAAUGUCUGUGCAGCCUCCUUUUUUCCAUUUGUGUCAUUGGCAUAAGCUACUGCGGCCAUAUAUAUAAGACUAUCCAGAUUGAGUCAUAGCUCUCUUCCUUCUUUUUUUUUUGAUACUGGCCUUUUUUCCUUAUUUAACAUAUGCAAUCUGUGCUCAUUGUUACCGUUUUAACAGGAAAUGUACAAUGGACAGAGUUUGAUUGAACAGACUCUUUUGCAGAUAGUUAGGAGUUUUCUGUUCGUGCAGUUUUCUUCUUUUCUUACUUUACAGGGUAUAGUCUAUACUGUUACUACUGUUUUGAGAUAAUCACUGUGAUUCAGCAUAGUUAAGUUUUUUUGCAGAUGAAAAUCAGGUGUGCAGAAGAAUCAUUGGCAUGUCAAUGAAUACCUGUUGCGAUACUAAUGAUCAAUUAAAUUUUGGGUGGGGGUUGUUGAAACUUAUAAAUCAUUUCUUUCUGAAGGAUUCUUUUGGAGUAUGAAAAUGGUUACUUUGAUCAUGUGGCAGCAAACUUUUUGUCCUCUCCUAACCUGAGACUACAGCCAAAGAGCUCCUGCACUACAGCAUACAUAAUGUGGUCAGGCACUCAGAACUCAGAGGUCGAAUAUGGUAACAGCAGAGGAUAAGGACAUGGAGAGGAGCAGGGUCCUCGUCAUUGGUGGCACGGGCCACAUUGGCAAGCAUAUCGUUGCUGCAAGUCUCUGCCUCGGCCACCCAACUGCUAUCCUCUUCAAGGAAUUUGCACCAUCUAACCAAGUUAAGGUGCAGCUCCUCAACGGUUGGCUUAAUUCCGGUGCUUGUCUCCUCAAGGCCAUCAAGUGUGCAGAUUUUGUCAACUUGGCAGUGGGGCUGUGUCAGGUUGCCUAGCAAACCAGGAUCAUUGCUGCAAUCAAGGAGGCAGGCAAUGUCAAGAGGUUUGUGCCAUCUGAGUUCAGCUCAAAUGUGGACUGGCUCCACACGGUGGAUCCAGCGGCGUCACUGUACACUGUGAAAGCCAACCUCCGGUAGUUAAUUGAGGCGGAGGAGAUACCACACACCAGUGUCAGCUUCAACAGCUUCGCAGAGACCAAGUCCCAAGCAUCGAUGAUGUCACGGCCAUCGGUACUGGCCCUCCGGCCAGCAAGAUCACCAUCCUAGGAGAUGGCCAUGCCAAAGCUGUGUUUGUGGUGGAAGAUGGCAUCGCCGCCUAUACAAUGAGGGCGGUUGAUGAUGAGAGGACCCUGAACAAGAUACUGUACAUGAGGCCGCCCAUGAACGUGGUGUCCCACAACGAGCUCAUUUCGGUGUGGGAGAAGAAGGCAGGCAGGACUUGCAGAGGUGCACCUCCCAGAGGAGGAAAUUCUGAAGUGGAUCAAAGAUGGAUGCCACCAGCGCCUAUAGGGUCAACAUGAAACUUGCGACAGACUGUCUACUUUUGCAUCAAAAGGGCCUUCAGCCCCAGAACACAUGUUGAAGCACGCGCAUAUUGAUAAGUGGACGACCGCUGGUCAUGCGCUACAGCUCUACAUCCAUGCAAACCUAUGGUUGGAGGCACUAUGCAUGGGCAACACAUAUCCCCCUGGAAUUGCAAACCGAGGCAGAAAAACCGGAGGAGGAUCACAAUAGGCACGCUGCCAGAGAGCUUCGAGAUGCCAGGUUACCUGUCAUCAGCAGCCACAGCGCGGUGCAAAAGUGGCUGUGGUACGCGAGGACAAGCCAUGCACAGAUGGAAAGAAUGAAACUCCAAUGGCUAGUGGAAACGGACAUCACCAGAAAAGCAGGGAGCGGCGAGAGGCUUCUCCUAGAUGUGGCUUCGUUACACACGUCUCCUGCCUAUUUAAGCCGUUGCAGUAUCCGACUAAUUGCACCGUAAUAACUCGGCUUGCAUCCAUCUUGGUGCUCACUCCGAUUUGAGAUUGGCGGAUCAAGAAGUAUCUGCACAUAAACAAGGAGCCAUGGGAGAUCAGCACCAGCAACAAGAGCCACAGGUGAUGCAUGUCGGCGGCGGCGGCCUUGAGAUGCCUCCAGGGUUCCGCUUCAACCCUAGUGAUGAGGAGAUCAUCACCUUCUACCUCACACCCAAAGUGCAGCAAAGGAGCUUCACCUGCGCUGCCAUGGGGGAGGUUGACCUUAAUAGGACAGAGCCAUGGGAACUGCCUGGCAAGGCGAAUAUAGGAGAGGAGUGGUACUUCUGCCAGAGGGACCAUAAGUACCAAAAGGGGUUGAGGAUGAAUCGGGCAACAAAGGACGGCUACUGGAAGGCUACAGGCAAGGAUAAGGAGAUCUACAGGGCCACAACAGGAGUAGUAUUGCCAGAGCUCAUUGGUAUGAAGAAGACGCUCGUCUUCUACACAGGAAGGGCUCCUAGGGGCAAAAAGACAAGCUGGAUCAUGAACGAGUAUAGGCUCGAAGGCGAUGAUAGGCUCCCCUACCCUGCAGCCAACUCAAUCUCCACCGCCACCAUGAAAUCUUCUUCUGCUUCUAAGGAAGAGUGGGUGGUCUGUCGUGUGUUCCACAAGAUCGCAGGGAUAAAGAAGGCACCUACCUCGCCACCCUACAACAAUACCAUGGACAAUAUUGGGAUUGAUGAGAGUAGCAUCCACAUGCCCCUGCCACUGGAAUUUCCCAUGCUACCAGAGUUCACCAUGGAUCAGAGUAGCACCCACAUGCCCCUGUCACCAGAAUUUCCCAUGCUACCAAACUUCACCAUGGACCCAGCGGGGAUUUACAACUCCACCACCGACCUAAGCUCUUUGUCGGUGGCGGAUGUGAUUCCUCCUAGUAUUGCAGGCAUGGGCAUCGACACACCUCAGAUGAACGGUGCCUUGCUUGGGAACUCAAUGGUCAUUGCGCCACAGAUGCCCUUCCACCACCAGACUAACAUAGGAACAGUAGAUGCCAGCGGCUUCAUGGCUGCACCGCAGGGCAUGCCAUCGUUGAUGGUGUCACAGGACACGGGGAUGAGUCUUGAUCAAACCAAUGCCGUUGAGAUAUCAUCCAUGGUAUCUAUAGUCCCAGAAUCAACGACCACCAUGGAUAUGGAUUUCUUAUGGAGGUACUAAAGAGGUGAGCUGAGAUGCAAAGAGAACAUGUCACAUAUAUGAAUGUAACCAGGUGGCAAGAGAGCUUAAAUGAAUGAGUGGAAGGAUAUUUAUAGCCUCAGCUCUCAAAACUAGUCAUUGAAAAAGGUCCGACAAAUUUUACAUGCCUGGGUGCUUUGGUGCCCUGAAAUUUGCACCAUCGAAGCUCCGUAUCAGUGUAGUAACUGAAACUUUUAACUAGCUGUAUGAAUUUUGUUCAGUGAUAGUAUUGCAGUGCACAGACCGGAGUUUCCUCUGGACUAAA